UGCUUGUACUAUAUAUCAAAAACUGAAUAGCACACUAUAACCAAACCACCUCAAAUACAUCAUAAUGAGAGUUAACACAAUCACUAUUGCCGUGGCAGCUUCAGUCUGUAGUGCCAUGCCUGUGACACAAUACCCCCUCCUGCAACAACCGUCAGCACUUUCUUCAUCUGGAGGACGUCUCGAUGUCGAUCUCACUGUGAGUGCCGGUAAGGUCCAGGGACCGUUCGGCAUAUCAUACAACAGUAGACUGUACAGUAAUGUGUAUCCAGCUCCGACAAUCCGCUGUCGAGCUGGAGAUACGGUACGGGUCAAGCUUAACAAUGAACUACAAGACAACAACGCAACACGAGAGAGCGAGAUGUCGCUGAACGAAUUACACCACCCGAACAGUACAAAUCUACACCUUCACGGUAUGCAUAUAUCCUCUGAAGGACAUCAGGAUAAUGUGGGACUUAGUAUUAAACCAGGAUUCUCGUUCCAGUACGUCUAUGAGAUAAACCCAAAGCAUCAUUCCGGGACGUCCUACUACCAUCCUCAUCUGCACGGUAGCACAAAUCUUCAGGUGCAUGGGCUAAUGGCUGGCGCUUUCAUCGUAGAAGAUGAUCCAAAGAAAACAUCGCCUGAUUUGCUUGCCAUGGACGAUUUGGUAGUCAUGGUGCAGGGCAUCUACAUGGGCAACAGUGAAGCCUUUUUGAAUACAUGCGAUCAUAACGGAACAAGCAGCAUGCCAGUGGAACUCGAAAACCCGGAGCAAGUGUCAGAAAACCUGCUUAUAGUAAAUGGCCAGUACAUGCCGAGAGUCGAGUUUAAGAUAGGUGAACUUAAGCGUCUAAGAGUUGUAAACGGGCUCAGCAUGGAGGCACUCAUGUUUGGAUUGUCGGAUGAUGAGGCGUGUGACAUCUAUGAGCUCGCAUAUGAUGGCGUAUACCUUGAAGCACCGCGUGCUGCCACCAAAAUAUUCAUACCUUCCGGCGGUCGAGUAGAUGUGGCCGUACGAUGUUCAGCAUCGGGCUUAUUCUCAUUGACCACUGUUGCCGAUGAGCGGCUGGCUGACUACGCACAAAUCUGGGGACCAGUUCCUGGUCAACCGGGCAACAUUGACAACACUCAAGCGCUACUUAUGAUUGAUGUAUCCGACAAGGCUAGUAUCAUGGAGCUCCCUGUAGUGUUGCCUGCACUGCCGAAGUAUCUCCAAAAGGUACGAAGCCGAAGCAGCAACAAACAUUCGAAGUGGAAGACCACAUUUUCAGUUGAACUUUCCACAGCAGAGGGAGCGAAUGCCAUCAACAAUCAGCCAUUCAACCCCACAGAAACGCUCAAUACCAUUCACUUAGACAAAUACUAUCAAUGGAAUCUGUCCGCAGGCGAAGGCUUCCAGGAAGGCGAGGGCUAUCCCCAGCACCCAUACCAUCAACAUAUCAACCACUUUAUGAUCACCAAUGACGACCCAAUUACCGAUGGUAUGCUUUUCCGCAAAGGUGACUUUCGCGAUACCAUCCCACUUUUCGCUAGUACGCCUGUAGAUGUUCGAUUCUAUACGGCUGACUACGCCGGACCUAUGAUGCUGCACUGUCACAAUCUUGGACACGAGGACAAGGGUAUGAUGGGCGUUGUAGGCAUUGAAAAGUAAAAUAUUAUAAAUAAAACUCCG